AUGUUCAACCUGAACAUUCGCCAAGUAUUUUACAUACUGGAACUGAUCGGAACGGUCACUUGCACUUGGCCAACAGAUCCCAAAAGUAGCAAAAAGGCGAUCGUAAUUCGCAACUUUCAAUGGCUGAUUACGAUAUUAGAUCUGAUCUUUAUGUUAGUUGUUUUAAUCCUUGGCAUCUUUCACUCUCGAAACGACAUAACUAAUAUGAUGCAAACUGCUUGUGAUUUUUUUGCUUUGAUGAAGGUGAUAUUCGAUUUGAUACUUUGUAAGAAAAACUACGUUCAACUGCAGUUACUAAUAGGGGAAAUUAAGGCGUUCAUAGACGUGGCCAGUGACAACGAAUUUCAGAUAAUCCAAAGAUACAUGGAUCGUUACAAAUUUUUCUUCUCGAUGACCGGGAUGGGUUACAUGAUAGCUGGAAUCUCCUUCUGUGUUACACCUUUGUUCUCUUCUCAAGAACUACCAGCUGGUGGAUGGAUUCCGUUUUCUAUCCAAUCACUCGGAGUAUACUGCACAGUUUAUGCAAUUGAAGUUUACUGGAUUUUUCAAACGGUGCUUUGCAUCGGCGUGGACUUCACGGUGGCCAUUCUCUUGAGUUUUCCUGCAGCCAAGUUGGACAUACUAGGAACGAAAUUGCAGCAUGUGACGGGCUACGACAUGUUGGUAAGCUGUGUCAAGGAACACCAAGAAAUAAUAAGAUAUGUGGACGAUACUAGAGCCGCUCUUAGGGCAUUAUUAUUCAAAGCGAACGUUACAGUGGGUUGUGCUGUGAUAUGCGGAACUAUUCCUUUGAUUUACAUGCAAUCCGUGGGCGUUGUCUGUCAGUAUCUUCCUGUGGUGGUGUCAGGCUGUGCCCAACUGUUCAUCUUCUCCUGGCCAGCAGACGAUUUAAGAGAAAGCAGUGUACGUUUCGCAAAGUCGCUAAAUGAUGUCCAAUGGUUAGGGAAACCGCGUAAACUGAAGAGCGCCGUUAUAGUUAUGAUGCAGAGGAGUCAGAAAACGCUUCUAAUGACAAUGAGCGGUUUCCUACCACCACUUUCUUUGGAAUAUUUCGCAAGCGUUCUGAUAGCCAAGCUGAAAGUGUUUCUGGACGAAGCCAGUGAAAACGAGCGUACCGUAAUACAAGGAUACAUAGAUCGGUACAAAGUAUAUUUCUCGGUGACCGGGAUGAGCUACAUGUUUGGUGCAGCCUCUUUCUGCUUUGUACCUUUCUUUACCGGCCAAGAGCUACCAGCUGAUGGUUGGAUUCCGUUUUCUAUCGAAUCAUACGGAAUAUUUUGUACAAUUUAUGUCGUUGAAGCCUAUUGCGUUUUACAAACGGGAUUCAGCAUUUUUGUGGACUUCAUGAUAGCCAUUCUCUUCAGUUUCUCUGCAGCCAAAUUAGACAUAUUGGGGAUGAAAUUACGGCACGUGAAAAGCUACGACAUGCUGGUAAGCUGUAUCAAGGAAUAUCAAGAAAUAAUACGGUACGUGGAGGAUAUUAAAGUGACUGUUGAGUUUUUAUUAAUCAAAACGAACGCAACGAUGGCCUGCGCUGUGGUAUGCGGAGCUAUGCCCCUGAUUUAUAAUCAGUCUUUGUCCGUAAUCAGUCAGUUCCUUCCAAUGGUGUUGUCAGGCUGCUUACACCUGUUCGUCAUCUCCUGGCCAGCAGACGAUUUGAGGGAAAGUAGUAUUCGUUUCGCAAAAUCGAUCAGUGAUAUCCACUGGCUAGGCGAACCACGUAAAACGAAGAGCACCGUUGUGAUUAUGAUGAUAAGAAGUCAGAAGGCCUUUCUCGUUACAAUGGGUGGUGUGCUACCGCCUCUAUCAUUGGAAUAUUAUGCAAGAUUUUUAUCUACAUUAUCAUCCUACAUCAUGGGGAUGAGGACCAUGAUUGAAACGUAA